GAACGUCUGAGGUUACAGUGAUUUUUAUAUAUAUUUUUAUAUAAUACUGCAUCUGCUCAGUGUUUCAAAAUCAGUGAAUGAACGUUGGACAAAGAAUCACCACGAACUAAAACAUUCAAAGAGUCGAACCACGACUGUUGUAAACACAGGAUAUUCGGUUUUAACAGCUGGUGUGCUAAGUAAAUUUUACUAGACAUUUUCAGUAACGUCUGUUUCUCGAAAUUCGCGACACGUAGUAAAAAUUUUCAAGGAGUGUGCACCGAAAGAAGAAAGGAGAAAAAAAAAGACCUAGUGAGAUAUCGUGUACAAUAAAAAAUGUUUCAUAGGAGAACGUUGGUCAUGUUGCAAGGUGUCCUUUGGCUGGCAAUGAUUCAUGUCGCCGCUUAGAACGAGAAGAACGACCGGGAGAUUGAAUCACGACGAGGGAGUAUCGAUGAUCUAUGUUCGCAAAAGCAACUCAAUUCCAUCGGGACGUUUCUAUCGUUGAGGAUUAUUUAAAUCUGUCGGUCGAAGCUGAUUUAUGUUAUUGUCAGGACCAUGCCUCCCAGAUCGAACGCAUCCUCUUCGAGGGACACCCUAAAUACUGUUGCAACCACGGACGAAGGACGUCGGACUGGAAGGUACGUCGCCGGUGGGGCCGUGCUGGCAAUCAUGCUACUUGCUGUGCAUCACGCACUCCUGCGAGAAGCGUCCACCAUAGCCGGUGUCUGCAUACCGGCCAUAAUAAUGGCGUGCUACAUUAUCUGGAUUCUGUAUUCCGCUCACAGGGACAGACGGAAGGCGUUGAGAUUCGCCGCAGCGAUGCAGCUGACAGAAGUAAUCAGCGUGCCAGCCAAGUCCAACGAGGUGAUCUGCAGAAACGGCACAAGCAAGAACGAGCUACGAAAGUCGAACGACUCGAAGCUGGCCUACGACACGAGAAAGUCCUGCGAGAAUCCUGCGUACUCGUCCAAGGACGAAGCUGUGUGAGACCGACUGUGGAGAACAAUCGCAUUCUCCGACUGGACUUUCGUUGGUUUCCUUUACACGACACGACACAAAAGUUCUUCGAGAAAUACUUUUUUUUUUUUUUUCAACUGUGAAUUGUCUGUCUCAUUUGCUUGGUUUGCUACUCGAACGACAAGACGUUUUCUUCGUUGGAUGGUUUUUAUUUUUUAUGUAUAACGUUACAAUUAAAAAUGUAACCGAACAAACAAUUACAACUUUCCCCGAUCAUUUUUUAUUGAUUAUGAAAGAAACAUUUUAUACAAUUAAUAUUAGUGUAAAUAAUUUUUCAAAGCGAAGAAUAUUUUUUAUUCGCCUGUAAUAAACGUUGAUUUAGACACGAGUGAGUUGUUAUUUCAACGAGUAUAGUCUCCGAAUUUUCAUUUUAUAGUCAGUUUCAUUUUAUAUCUCAAUA